GCAAAAGGAAACCGCGGACUUGCCCCCAUUGCAGGCGCCAUUUUCGGCGGCACGAACACCUCCAACGGCAUAUUCGGAUCCCCAUAUAAAUGUCCUUGUGGCGCUUCGUUCCGUCGACGUGAUCAAUUGAAGAAGCAUCAUGAGGACUCUCGUCAUUCUCCAAUUGUCCUCACACAGGCUCAGCCGCCGUCGGCAACCGGUAACGAGAAUAGCCUCCAACCACAAGACAAUUGCUCCAUAGAAUACCAUUCGAACACAGCCACUUGGGGGCUUCCUGGACUUCAAGGAACUAUAUCGGCUGGGGAAGAGUUCCCUGGAUAUCAACUUGAAGACUCUUUGUUCAAUGCCCAAGACCUGUUAAUACUACAGGACUUGGAAUCCUUUAGCCACAAUAUGGGACUUGGCACUGACUGGGCUCUUCCGUCGGAGCCUAGUAUUGUGCAGAUCAUUUCCGAGCUGAACAGCCACAUACCAGCAACUUCGCGAAGAACUGCCUCACCAGAUCAGUCGCUUAGCCAGCUCCCUAUCGAGAAAGAGUCAGUUGCGGAGUUUGGAGUUUUAACAUUGCCCAUUUUGAGGAUCACAGAUGAGCAUCGCAACCGUCUUCUUCAAGCCUUGAGUCGGUCACAGGCAGCCAUGGUAGAUACACAAUUUCCAUCUUGUCAUUCACUUACUAGAUUCGUGAAUGGAUUCUUCGAUGGGUUCUAUCCCCACAUGCCCGUCGUUCAUAUCCCAACAUUCAAAAUUGAUGACUGCGAACCUGAGAUUAUCUUGGCCAUGGCUGCCCUUGGUGCUCAAUACCGACAUGAACAUCGAAAGGCAGUUCUGCUGUUUUAUGCCGCAAAAGCCUUGUUACAGUAUCGUGAAACGCAAGGCUCAAUACAUGAGGAGCCAGUCCAUGCACGCCUAGUGCGUGAAGCACGUUGUGCUCUAUACCUAAUUGCAUUUGCGACAUGGCAGAGCGAGGCAGACAUUGUACGAGAAGCUUUCAACCUUCAAAGCUUUCUUGCCAGGUGUGUUAGGGAGAGUCAAUCAGAAAAUUGGGAAGAUCAAGAAGAUGGCCUGGAUUGGAAAACCUGGGUACAGCGGGAGUCCGACCGCAGAAUCAAAUCAUUUUCUUUUGCUAUCCUCAAUCUCCAUGGAAUUGCAUUCGGCACCCCGCCAAUCCUUUUGAGCGAUGAGCUUCAGCUUCGUCUUCCAUGCACCUGCUUUGAAUGGAUCGCUCCAAAUCGCGAUAAAUGGGCAAAGGUGCACAAAAUAGGUCCUGCACGGCAGCCACUUCUCCAAGAAGCCCUCUCUCACCUAAUGAAAGACGCAGAGCAGCCAAAUCUGUUGAGCUCGCAACCUGUACCCUCUCCUUUGGCAAAUUACAUCCUUCUACAUGCCCUGAUCCAGCGAAUUAUGUUUGUCCAACAAGCGUUCGGCUCAUAUGACUCGGAUCGAGACCUGCUUAAUGACCAAAAAGAAGCUAUUCGAAAGGGUCUCCAUGCGUGGACAUCUCAAUGGCAAAGAGCCCCCGAAUCAAGCCUCGACCCUCGCAACCCUAAUGGACCCGUCACGUUCACAUCGACAGCAUUACUCGGACUUGCGUAUGUUCGAUUGGCUCUCAACUUAGGUUCCUACAAGAUACUCGGGAGUCGGGAUCCGCAAGAAAUUGCGCACAAACUAUUACAAAUGCCUCAUCUCCCUUCCGGGGCCCAUAUCCUUCCUGCAAUCUUGCAUGCGACACAUGCCUUGAGCAUACCUGUAAGGCUGGGUAUAAAUUUCGUUGCUCAAAGUCAUGCCUUUGUGUGGAGUGUUCAGCAUUCUUUGUGUGGGUUGGAAUUUGCGAUUUUCCUCAGCAAAUGGCUGUUCUGUAUAUCAGAUCACCAAGAAAGGGGCCCACUUAAUGAGAAUGAAAGCCGCCUGGUCAGCUGGAUCGGGGAUAUUGUCGAAGAAGGAAGGACAUCCGCCGAUGAUGACCUCUGGCCCCGACCUGCGGUGCCAUCGAAUUGCGCAUAUUUAGGCUUUGCGGUGGUAAAACUCUGGGCUCGCUUGAUAAGAGGAAAUGAGCAAUGGGCAAUAUUGAAGGUCAUUGGAGAAGGACUUGAUUUAUAUGCUGAUACUUGCGAAAAACGAUUCACAGUGCCUUCAGCAGAUACGCAGUAA